UUGCAACUACCGAGUCUGAGGACUUCCUGACUUUAUCUGAUUCUGCCGCGUUGCGUGUAAAAUGACUCGGCUAGAGGACAGCAGUACCUUAAAAAGCUGCAGUCAGAACCCAGGGCUUGCCUAGAAGGGAUUAAACCGGCCCUCCGCAUCACUGGGCCGAGCGACACGAUGGCAGAUUCCGAGGUGGAGAGCCAGUCCCCCGAACCCGGGGCCGCCGAAGAGGCCCUCUUCACCCCGCUGGACAUCGUCCUCUUCACCUUCAUCGUCGGCCUGCUCGUCUACUGGUUCCUGUCCCGCCAGAAGAAGGAGGAGAUCCCGGAGUUCAAGAAGCUGGCCAGCGUAGCUCCCACUGUUCGAGAAACGAGUUUCAUCGAAAAAAUGAAGAAAACGAACAGAAACAUCGUGGUGUUCUACGGCUCCCAAACGGGCACGGCGGAGGAGUUCUCGAACCGGCUGGCCAAAGACGCCCAGCGCUACGGGAUGAGGGGCAUGUCGGCGGACCCCGAGGAGUACGACAUGUCUGAACUCUCGCGCCUGUCGGAGAUCGACAACUCCUUGGCGGUCUUUUGCGUGGCCACCUACGGCGAGGGCGACCCCACCGACAACGCCCAGGACUUCUACGAUUGGCUGCAGGAGACGGACGCCGAGCUGGAGGGUGUCAAUUACACCGUGUUUGCUUUGGGGAAUAAGACGUACGAACACUACAACGCCAUGGGGAAAUACGUGGACAAGAGGCUGGCCGAGCUGGGGGCCAGCAGGAUCUUCGACCUGGGCAUGGGGGACGAUGACGGCAACCUGGAGGAGGACUUUGUCUCGUGGCGGGAGCAGUUCUGGCCCGCGGUGUGUGAGCAUUUCGGAGUGGAGGCCACAGGAGAGGAGUCCAGCAUCCGUCAAUACGAGCUCGUGCUUCACACCGACAUCAACAUGAACAAGGUUUACACGGGGGAACUCGGCCGUCUGAAGAGCUUCGAGACCCAGAAACCGCCGUUCGAUUCAAAGAACCCCUUCCUUGCCCUAGUCUCGGACAACCGCAAGCUGAACAAGGGUGGGAGCCGGCACCUUAUGCACGUCGAGCUGGACAUCUCCAGCUCCAAGAUCAGGUACGACUCCGGGGACCACGUGGCCGUCUACCCGAUAAACGACGCCUCGAUCGUGAACAAGAUCGGAGAGCUCCUGGGCGUGGACCUUGACACCGCAAUCUCCCUCAACAACCUUGAUGAGGAGUCCAAUAAGAAGCACCCGUUCCCGUGCCCCACCACCUAUCGCACGGCCUUGACGCACUACCUGGACAUCACCAACCCGCCUCGCACCAACGUGCUGUACGAGCUGGCCCAGUAUGCCACCGACCCCAAAGAACAGGAGACCAUGCGCAAGAUGGCUUCCUCCUCCCCCGAGGGCAAGGCACUUUACCACAGCUGGGUGCUGGACUCUCGAAGGAACAUCCUGGCCAUUCUGGAGGACAUGCAGUCUCUGCGGCCUCCCAUCGACCACUUGUGUGAGCUCAUGCCCCGGCUGCAGGCCCGAUACUACUCCAUCGCCUCCUCAUCCAAGGUGCACCCCAACACCAUCCACAUCUGCGCCGUGGUGGUGGAGUACGAGACCAAGACCGGACGCAUCAACAGGGGCGUGGCCACCAACUGGCUGAAGAACAAAGUGGUGACCGACAACGGGCACAAGUCCACGGUGCCCAUGUACGUCCGCAAGUCCCAGUUCCGCCUGCCCUUCAAGGCCAGCAACCCCGUCAUCAUGAUCGGGCCCGGCACGGGCAUCGCCCCCUUCAUGGGCUUCAUCCAGGAGCGAAGCUGGCUCAAGGAGCAAGGCAAGGAAGUGGGCGAGACGGUGCUGUACUACGGCUGCCGUUACAAGAGCGAGGACUUCCUGUACCAGGAGGAGCUGGAGGAGUUUGAGAAGGCCGGGGUCCUCACCCAGCUCAACGUGGCCUUCUCCCGAGACCAGGAGCACAAGGUCUACGUGCAGCAUCUCCUCAAGAAGAACAAGGAGCAUUUGUGGAAGCUGAUUCACUCUGAAAAUGCGCACAUCUACGUCUGCGGGGACGCCCGCAACAUGGCGCGCGACGUCCAGACCGUGUUCUACGAGAUCGGCGAGGAGGUGGGCGGGCUGACGCGCACCCAGGCCGUCGACUACAUCAAGAAGCUGAUGACCAAGGGCCGAUACUCGCAGGACGUGUGGAGCUAAAGACCCUAAAGCCCCCCCCCCCCACCCCCCCCCC